AUGGUCGCCAAGUAUAUUGACACCAACUUCGACCAGUUCUUCGACAAGUACAACAACAUUCUAAUAAAAUCAGAGAGUUAUGUCACCAAGCGCCAAUCCAUCAAACUGCUUGGUGAAGUUCUGCUGGACCGCCAAUUUUACGAAAUCAUGACCCGCUAUGUUGAGUCUGGCGACAACCUCAAGCUCAUAAUGUGGCAGCUCAAGGACGAUCGCAAAAUGGUGCAGUAUGAGGCUUUCCACGUGUUCAAAAUCUUUGCCGCAAACCCCAACAAAUCACCCGACGUCAAGCGUCUAUUGACCAUGAAUCGUCAACGCCUGUUGGAUUUCUUGCCAAACUUCUUGGCCGAUCGCACAGAGGAUGACCAGUUCUCGGAUGAGAAGAGUUAUCUCAUCAAGCAGAUCAAGCUGUUGCCUCAGACGCCGAGUCAGCAAUCGAGAAAUGCAAGCCAGGAAUCAUCGAGAUAG